ACAACAAUUGAGGCCACAACUUCAACCACAAACGAACCAACAACAACAACUAUUGAACCAACAACCACAAUUGAGGCAACAACUUCAACCACAAAUGAACCGACAACAACUGAGGCAAUAACAACCACAAUUGACGCAACAACUUCAACCACAAUUGAAGCAACAACUUCAACCACAAAUGAACAAACAACAACCACUAUCGAACCAACAACCACAACUGAUGCAAUGACAAGCACAAUUGAAGCAACAACUUCUACCACAAAUGAACCAACAACAACCACUCUCGAACCAACAACCACAACUGAGUCAAAAACAACCACAAUAGAGGCAACAACCACAAUUGAGGCAACAACCACCACAAUCGAGGUAACAACUUCAACCACAAAUGAACCAACAACAACCACUUUUGAACCAACAACCACAACUGAGGCUACAACAACCACAAUUGAGGCAACUACUUCAACCACAAAUGAACCAACAACCACAACUGAGGCAACAACUGAACCAACAACCACAACUGAGGCUACCACAACCACAAUUGAGGCAACAACUUCAACCACAAAUGAACCAACAACCACAACUGAGGCAACAACAACCACAAUUGAGGCAACAACUUCAACCACAAAUGAACCAACAACAACCACUUUUGAACCAACAACCACAACUGAGGCUACAACAACCACAAUUGAGGCAACAACUUCAACCACAAACGAACCAACAACAACCACUAUUGAACCAACAACCACAACUGAGGCUACAACAACCACAAUUGAGGCAACAACUUCAACCACAAACGAACCAACAACAACCACUAUUGAACCAACAACCACAACUGAGGCUACAACAACCACAAUUGAGGCAACAACUUCAACCACAAACAAACCAACAACCAGAACUACCUCAGCACCUACCACAACCACUACGCCAGCCCCUACUACAACUUCAACAGUUCCCACCACAACUACAACAACACUUCCCACCACAACAACCACCACAACUACAACAACAGUUCCCACCACAACAACCACCAUGACUACAACUACAACAGUUCCCACCACAACAACCACCAUGACUACAACAGUUCCCACCACAACAACCACCAAAACUACAACAACAGUUCCCACCACGACUACAACUACAACAGUUCCCACCACAACAACCACCACGACUACAACCAGACCACCAACUCGUCCAGCUCCCACAUUUGAGAUUCGGGCUGUUAUUUUAAUAGUGUUUCAGUCAGCUCUCACUGACACACAGAGUCCAGAGUUCCAGCAACAAGCAGCUGUGGUUGAAAAUGCAUGUGAUAUCAUUUAUCGACGACGCUUUGGAUUUCUGUUUGUGCGGACCAUUGUGAGAGCAUUCAGGCGGGCUACUAGAUACCGAGCGAACACGACUAUAUCAGAAGUUGAGACAGAUAUUGACAUUGUGUUCAAUGAGACUUCAACUGAGCCCCUCCCUACAAGCUCUGUAGUUGUUGAAGCCCUGGCUAUCGCCGCAAAUGACUCCAGUUCAGGCUUCAAUCUCACUGUGGUUGCAGGAUCCCUCUUUGUGAGAAGGGAACCCAAAUCAGCUGCCAUUGUUCAGUUCCGUACCAAUGAUACAUUUAUUGCUGACCUUUUGAAUUCCUCUUCGGUUGCCUUCAGUGCAAGAUCCUCACUUAUCAAAACAGAGCUUGAGCCAUUUUUUUUCGAAGACUACCAGCCAAAUUUCAUCAGCCUCACACCAACAAGCUACAGCAAUGGAUCUAUUAUUCAUCAGGCGAACAUGACCGUAACCUCUGAUGCAACGUUCCCCAGCGAUACACAGGUUAUAGCCACCCUGACUAGAGCUGCCUUGAGUGGAAAUUUGUCAUUUACCAUCAUCUUCCUCAAUGGCACAGCGGUGUCAGCUGAUGCAGUCAGCAGCAGUGUUAACCUCCUGAGUGCCUGUGGACUCACCCUCAUAUCGCUCCUUGUGGGUCAGCCCUGGUAGACCCAGAGAUCUCUCACCUUUGACCUUGCGGUGAAGUAUCACCAUGAAGACAAAAUGUUCGAUCUAUUUCUACCCCCAAAACAGUUUUCCUGUAUUCUGAUUAUUGCUGAUUACUGUUCAUAACCUUUUUAUAUUUCAUAUAUUUAUAUAUUUAUGUAUAUGUAUAUAUUUAGAUAUAAGUAUUUAGUUACUUGACAGCACAAUUGUUGGAGGAAGAACAAACCAUGUAUUUUUUCUAACUCAUUUCGUAAAACAUACCAGUGUCUGGCAGUGUCUUAACAUUUAUAUACAGUUCAGGAAAGAAAGACCACUGCACAUUUUUCUGACGUAUCAUUCGAAAGAGUUGUCUCUCAUAUUGAAAAUGAAGAGAAAAUCAAGAUUUUAAUUUGACUGUCAACUAAUUUGAAUUUCAGUCAGCAGCCGUAGGUCAACAUCAGAACAUUUUUUUUUUUCACAAAAGUACCAAUUUACUUGCUGCCAUUGUUUUCUCUUAUUAUUCAAAAUUGUCUGAUGAAUUCUGAGUUCACAUGUAUUUAAAUGUAAUCUGAUUAUUGUUGAUUGCUGAUAAGCUGUUAAUUUAUAUAUUUAUUUACUUAGCAAACAAUAAAAUUGUUGGAGGAAAA